CAACGGGGCUCUUUAAGUUGCUGAGCGCGCGACACAGAGCAGCCAUUCAUUCCGGACAGCCGCAGGAGCGCGAGCCGCUCAGAGAGAGAGAGAGAGAGAGAGAGAGAGAGAGAGAGAGAGAGAGAGAGAGAGAGAGAGUGUGUGUGCGUGAGAGGAGGAUAGCACACACACACACACACACACACACACACACGCACGCGCGCGCACGCCGCGAUUCCGGUCCAGCGCCGUCACGAAGUCAGUGUGAGUCCGCUGCUGAAUGUACUCACCUUUACACAGCACCAGGAGAACCACAUCAGGAACCUGGAUGGACACAUCAUCCUAAUAAAAGUGCAUCAGGCUACAAACUGAGAUAAAUAGUCACUGUGCAGUAGACUUUUCUCCAGAGGAAGAGGUCAGAGGUCAGAGAGAGUGAGAGGUUUACUCAUCAUUGUGGUGAAUACAUCAGAUCACCUGGUGAGUGUAGAAGAUGUCGGCUGAAGAACAGAGUCUGUCAGAGGUGGAGCUGAGUCCCGGGGUGUCGGAUGAUGGCGGCUCCGUGUCUCCGGGGCGGGCGGGUCACGCAGGAGACUCUCAGCUGGUGUCAGGAGGUGGGGCAGAGGAGGAAGGGGCGGGACUGUCUCAUGCAGGAGUCUCGGUAAAAUCAGACGAAGAUGACGAUCGCUUCCCCAUCGGCAUCCGCGAGGCGGUCAGUCAGGUGCUGAAUGGCUAUGAUUGGACGCUAGUGCCCAUGCCGGUGCGCGUCAACACGGGCAGCAAGAGCAAACCGCAUGUCAAGAGGCCCAUGAACGCCUUCAUGGUGUGGGCUCAAGCCGCACGCCGCAAACUCGCCGACCAGUACCCUCAUCUACACAACGCUGAGCUCAGCAAAACACUCGGCAAACUGUGGAGGCUCCUGAAUGAGAAUGAUAAGCGGCCGUUCAUCGAGGAGGCGGAGCGUCUGAGGAAGCAGCAUAAGAAAGAUUAUCCGGAGUAUAAAUACCAGCCCAGGAGACGGAAGAACGGGAAGCCGGGAUCCAGUACCGACAGCGACGCCCACUCUGAAGGUGAUGUCACUCACAGCCAAUCACAUUACAAGAGCCUUCACCUGGAGGCGGGGCAUGGUGCUGGGGCAGGGUCUCCUCUCACUGAUGGACAUCACACACACCCAGCAGGCUCCAACCACAGCCCCCCGACUCCUCCCACUACUCCCAAAACAGAGCACCAGGGUGGCAAAUCAGGAGAGGGGAAGAGAGAGGGUGGGGCCAGAGGGCUGGGAGUGGGGGCAGAUGGAAGCUCUGCCUCUUCAUCGUCUUCCUCUUCCUCAAAACCACACCUGGAUUUCGUGAACGUGGACAUCGGCGAGAUCAGCCAUGAAGUGAUGGCCAACAUGGAGCCAUUUGAUGUCAACGAGUUUGACCAGUACCUGCCUCCUAAUGGGCACCACCCAUCAGGCUCAGGCUCCGCCUCCUGCCCAGCCCCAUCCCCUUCUCCUUACUCCUACUGGCUGUCGAAACAGCAGCUAAGCUCAGAAGGUGGGAAAACACAGGUCAAGAGCGAGACGCAUUUCUCGGGUAAUGCUGAUGCUUCAGUGGGCGGGGCUUCUACAUCAGGGGGUGGAGCAUCAGCUCAUGUCACAUACACACCUCUCAGCCUGCCUCAUUAUGGCUCUGCUUUCCCCUCUUUGGCCUCCAGGGCAGCACCGUUUGCCGAAUACGGAGAUCACCAAGCAUCUGGAUCAUAUUACACACACUCGGGCCAAUCAGGGCUUUACUCCGCCUUCUCCUACAUGAGCUCCGCCCAGAGGCCCAUUUACACUGCUAUCACUGACCCUGCCCCUGGGAAUAGCCCCACCCACUGGGAACAGCCUGUGUAUACCACUCUGACCCGGCCGUAACACACACACAAGAGAAAGACAUGAUGAUGAUGAUGAUGACGACGAUGAUGACGACGAUGAUGAUGAUGACGAUGACGAUGAUGACAAUAACAAUAAUGAUUUAGUCUCAGACACACAGAUCACACAUUUAAUGGGGAAAAAGAUUUGACAGCCCACUAGCAACACACACACACACACACACACACACCCAGUAAAGAGACUAAUUGAUAAUGAUGAUGAUGAUGAUGAUAAUGAUGAAUAUUUGUCUAACUGUCAUUGUGGCUGAUCCCAUACAGGUGGGCGUGGCCACACACACACACACACACACACACACACACACACACACACACACACAAUUAGACAGGACAUUUUUCGUUGCUCAUGUGAAAUGGAAUUUGAGUGUCAGUGUUUCUGAAGGACAUUUUUACCUGCACAUUUAAACAUCAAACUUUAUUAUUAUUAUUAUUAUUAUUAUUAUUAUUAUUAUUAUGGAAUAAUAAUUCUUUCUUAUUAACCAAAACGAGGCCAUUUUCUUUGUUGUUGUUGUUAGAAUCUUUGACUGUUGAUGGUUUUUGUCAUCAUGACCACCACUGAACUGCAUUUUGGUGAUGAAAUGAGUUUGUGUAUAUAUUUUAGUGUUAGCGUGGUGGAUCGAUGUGUCGAUAUGAUAACAACACUGUAACACUUUUCAUUUCCUAGACGACUUUGCGUUGUUUUAUCGUAACCAGCGAGAGAGGAUGUGAACGCCAACCACAAGUGCCUACAGCACACUGAAACUCAUUUAGAAAAUGUUUGUGUGAUUUUUUCUUUCAAAUUUAUAAUGUUAAAAUGAAAUUUUCUUUCAGAAAUGACAGAGAAACAGCUAGAGAAUUCAUGAGGGGUGGAGCUUGUACAUGGUGGGCGGAGCACCCACUCACAUAAUGUGCCUUCUUCUACUCUGACUACGAACAUUUAAUGAUUUAUUACAUGGACAUACUGUUAAUAUUUUCACUCUCUUCUUUUUUAUUUCUUUUCUAAUUUUAACUUUAGUGUUCUUUCAUCUAUAUUCAGUAGUAUUAUAUAUAUAUUAAAAAUAUACAAAAACUAUACAAAGUGUUAGAGAAUCUACAUGCAGUAGGUGGAGCUUGUUUUAUUUAUAUUGUUGUUUUUAUUCUCUGUUUUCCUUUUAAGUGACUUUUUUGUGUUACACGUUGUUUUGUGUACGAGUUUUUUGUUAAUGUGUUCCAGUAGAGACUAACGACACACAUACUAAAUAAAACUCCGUCCGCUUUUCUAUGAAAAAUAAAA